AUGCUCCGACUCUUUUCAAAAACUGUACCAACAGCUACCAGAUCAAUUACACCACUGUCACGCACAAAGCAAUUAAUCCCAAGGACCUCCUACCAAAUAGUCAGAAAUAUGGGAAAAGCAAGCAACGAGGAUCUAAAGGGCUCUAAGCUCUUCGAUGUGUCACACGUCACUGCUCUUGUUACUGGAGGAGGAACAGGAAUCGGAUUGAUGAUCACACAGGCGCUGGUCGCCAACGGUGCAAAGGUCUACAUCACAUCAAGGCGUGAUGAGGUCCUGAAGAAAACAGACGAAGUGUACAACACCGGGCCAGGACAGAUCAUUCCUAUUCAGGCCGACGUCAGUGAAAAAGAUGAUGUGAAGCGCCUAUACGACGAAAUGUGCCAAAAGGAACCCAAGGGAAUCCAACUUCUCAUCAACAACGCAGGAAUUGCGCGCGACGAGAACACAAAAUUCUCCUCAAAUGGCCAACCCAACAUGGAAGACGCCCAAGCCAUCUCCGACCACUUCCUCAAGUCGCAGCCUGAGCAAUGGGCUGACACUAUGAAGACCAAUGUCGGAAGUAUCUACUGGAUGAGCAUGACUUUCCUUCCUCUACUUGCCAAGGGUGGCAGUGUCACCCCCGGAUAUAGUUCACAAGUCAUCAACGUUAGCAGUAUCUCAGGGUACAUGAAGGGUAGCAGCAGUGGUCAAUUUGCCUAUGCUUCCAGCAAGGCAGCGGCUACACACCUCAGCAGAAUGCUUGCAACGACUUUCAUGGGCACCAAGGUCCGCGUCAACACCAUCGCACCCGGUGUUUUCCCUAGUGAGAUGACAACCGGCUCAUCUGACGAAGACAACAAGAGCCGCAUGGAUUCAGAGAUGUCGAAUCCUGCCGGCCGCCCGGGAGCCGACACUGAUAUGGCUGCGACCGUACUCAUGCUUGCUGGACCUGGAGGUGUUUUUUACAACGAGCAAGUACUUUACCCUGAUGGAGGAAGCACUCUUCAGCAGCCUGCAGCGCGGGCUUAA